CUAUUAUUGCCUCUGGUCCAGCCAGUUUAACUUCAUUCUCAAUUGGCCCAAAUUUUGUUAAACUCCACCUUUUGUAAAGCCCUACUGUAUAUAGGAAGGGUUUUUACUUCACUGGCGCUUGGUGAGACUUCAUUUGGUGCAACAUUGAUCUUUACGAAAGGACAUUUGUCUGGUGGCGUCUUAAGGUGUAGCAUUGCCGUAUGAAUAAGGAGCUGAGAUGGUGGACAGACUGACACUGACAAUCGUGUUGCAGAGCCUGGCUCUGCUCUUCAUCAGGCCGGCCUGCGAGGCCUCUUCUCUGGGACUCACAGUCCACGUAGAGCCACUGGAAAAAGAUGGAGGACAUACGGUUCGAGCGUAUUUCACCGCCAUUGCAUCCAAUCCAUGCCCCCCGCUCACUGGAGUGUGUACUGAAGGGGUAAACUGCACCCUUUACAAAUCCCACGCCCCUGUCAGCGGCUCCAUUCCGACCCCGGGCUGGUGUGUCCGCCAGUGGCAGAAAGUUGUCCCUAGUAACUACAAUGGCACCCUCACUUUGAACUCCACCACGAGUUUUUACGUGUCAAUGCAUGCGGGGCCACAUGUGCGUGCAAAUUCUGGGAAACUCAAUCACCCUGCGUUUGUUGCGCUGCCUCCUCCUCUAAGGGCCCAUGCCAACUGCCCUCACCACUUCCCCCUGUCAGUGAAAGACCUGGAUGGAGACAAGGUGCGAUGCCGCUUUGCUAUGGAAGAGCGAGGGGAGUGCGUCAACUGCACUCCACACUCCUUUAUCGAGCUGUAUGAGGAUGCAUGUAAGUUGACAUUUACUGGAGAUGCACCAGCAGGGCACUAUUCCAUCUACCUGAUGGCAGAGGACUACGUUCCGACUCCUAAAAUAAGCCAAAAGGGCAAGAGCCAACCCCUCAGUUCCGUCCCUGUGCACCUGUCCCUCACUGUGGAGGAGGCGUCUCCCAGUUGCACAGAUGAAGUUUUGGCGACAGGAAAAACCCCCAGAGAACACUACACAUUUUCUGUCCUGCCAUUCGAGGAGGUGAAAUUUGAGGUCGAGUUCAUGUCACAAACACAGAGUGUUUCAGAGAUUGAUGUCGUCGGCCAACCUGGGCUCAUCAAGUAUGACUUCAAUUCAACUGGCGCCAUGUCGCACAUGUCCGUGUCUUGGGUCCGUUCAGAAAACAAUUUGACCAAUGUCCUGCCAGUCUGCUUUGUUGCCAACACCAUGAGUUUGCAGUCGGAGCCCAGAUGUGUGUGGCUGUACCAAAGAGAAAUGAAGACCCUACCUGCUGGAACAGAGCUGAUGUGUAAUAAGACAGAGAUGAUACUGGUCCUUCCUGUUGCAUCAUUGAGCAACAUCAACCUGGCUGAGCUGCAACUGAAUAGCCCCUCUUGUCCUGUCACCUACAAUGACACUCACCUCAAUGCACGCAUCUCCCUGGACGGCUGCGGCACCAAGACUGUGCACACUGGCACCGAGCUGGUUUACACAAACACCUUGAAGAGCGUCCGACCUUUCUCGAUGAUCAGCCGCCACCCCUCCCUCAUCCUCCCUCUGGCCUGCCGUAUCCCCGGAGUCCAAGCCAUAGGUCCAAAUUUCAACAUCACAGUUCCCACAACGGUCUUUGAUAAUGAUGGCAUUUGGAUAGAAUUCCACUUACCAGGAGAGGGGCCGCAAUCAAGAUUCACAAGCAAUCCAGUGUUCCGUCCUGUAGGCCUUAUACCGGGACGACUGCGACGGGAAGCAGCACCAGAGCAUCAUAUCCAUUCUCGCCAAGCAGCUGUGGGGUCCAGGCUGGAAAAGCUGGACCUCCAUUUGUUCACUAACACGACUUUGAAAAGAGUUGAAAUGAUUAUCAAAAGCUGCUUGGCGUCCGAGACAGAAGACAUGGCUGACAGCGACGUCAUUCUGCAGGAAGGAUGCUCAGCUUCCAACACGACAUUGGAGAUUGCUACGGGACAAAGUAAUACCUCCAUCUUUCGGAUUUUUUUGCCCUCCCUGAAAACACAAGGAUCAACGAUGCACGUCCAGUGUGUUGUCCAGCUGUGUGUCCCCUUGCUUCCCUCCGACACAUGCUCUACAGGGUGCGCAUCCACCCGGGCAAAGAGAGCUACUGGUAAUUCGAUAACCAAGACAUUCACUACCAAUUCAGGACCUAUAAGUCUUGUGGUCACCACGCCAGCUCCAACCGUGAUCCCCGCCUCGGUUACAUCACAACAAACUGCAGCUGCUACAACUUCUGCAGUUGUAGCAGUGACCGCAAGUGCUCCAAAGCAGGCCUCUUCCAUGGCGCUGGGAUUGAUCCUUGCCACUACUGGCAUAUUUCUUCAGCACAUCUUUAUUCGGUAAAGAGGUUUUUGAUGAUCUGCCAGAACAGUCUUUGCUAAAAAAAAAAAAAAAAAAAUCCAAGGAGGACAAAUGAUAUUUUAUUCAUCUUUAUUCACUUCAGUUGCCCUUAGAAAUUUUGUGUUGCUAUCAAAUGAAGGCAUAUAUGCCUGAAACAUAUUAUUUGAUUAAUUACAUCGAAUUAAAAGAAAAUAAAUAAAACACACUGGUACGUCUCAAUAAAUUUCUGAAAAGAUCAUUUAUUUCAGUAGUUCAAGCCCUUAUAUUCUAUAGAUUCAAUAUUUCAAGAAUGUCUUUCUUCAUUUCUUAAUAAGCCUAGCUAAUAAAAAAUAAAAACUCCAAAUUCAGUAUCUCAUAAAAUGGGAAAAAUUGUCAAAAAGUUGAAUGUUGUAAACAACUGGUUUGUGCUCUAAUCAGUACAUGCACUGAAAAAGCCUUGAAUUGGUCACUUAGUCUGAAUUGAACCUGAAAUCAAAUAAUUUUUGCACCGUAUUCUAAUUUAUUGAGAUGUAUCGGACUAGAUGGCGCUAUACUGCAACUGUAAGUGCAGACCUGUUUAUGCUUAUAGAGUCAUGGAAAAAAUGAUUAGACCACCCUUGUUUCUUCAAUUUAUUGAUCCAUUUUAAUGCCUGAUACAACUAAAGGUACAUUUGUUUGAACAAAUAUAAUGAUGAUAACACAUACAGCUCAUAAGAGUUUAAUUUAAGAGCUGAUACCUAGAAACUUCCAUGGUUUUCUUGGUAAUAACCCAAAUCACUUAAGUUCUUACAUGAAUAGCUAUAGCAUUGUACUGCCACAAAAUGCAACUCUUAUGAGCUAUUUUUGUUGUCAUUGUUAUAUUUGUCCAAACCUUUAGUUGCAUCAGGCAUUAAAAUGAACAAGACACUGAAGAAACAAGGGUGGUCUAUUUUUUCCAUGACUGUAUGUCCACAAGGACAGUUAGAGAUUGGUAGUGGGGUUUGUAGAAAGAAAUGAUUAUCUUACAUAACAUUUGGGAGAUAUGUUUGAUAUAAGUUAUGUUUUUUUUUUUUUAAUUCCAUGGAAUUAAGGAUUGUUGUUGUUGACCCUGUGUCGCUCUCUUUCCAUAUGUAUUUGUUCAACUGCAAUGCCUACACCACCUCCAUUUUGCUGUUACCUAUUUACAUUCAUUAGUAAGAAAAGAACAACACAAUGUAACAAAAGAUAUGAAAAGUAUGAAAUCAUCCAUCCGCUGUGCAGAAUUUGAAAGUCAAUUUUAACCUCAGGCAUGCCUUUUUUUCUAAAAUAGAAUCUGUUGUAUUGUUUUGUUUCCCCCCCCCUAAUUUAGUCACUCUUAUUAUAAACUGAAAUGAUGGAAUUACAAAAAGGUAACUACUAUUGAACAUUGAAGAUCUUGAUGUUGUUGUUGGCUCAUGGCAGUUAUAUGUUGUAAACCAUUGGCAUAUAAUAAUGCAUUAUCACUGUGACAAAAUAUAUUAAUAAA